AUGUCAACACAUUCUUAUAAAAAGUUUGAAGAUGUGGAAUCAGGCGCAAUGCCUGACAAGAUGACCAUCUUUCAAGAUUGUUUGCGUGCUUUCAAUUCUUCUCCAGUUGAUGCUAAAAAAUGUCGUACUUUAAUUGCAAGAUUGUUAAGAUUGUUAUAUAGUGGUGAAACUUUCCCAAAGCAAGAAGCUACUACAUUGUUUUUCUCAAUUUCAAAACUAUUUCAACAUAAAGAUUCUUCAUUAAGACAAAUUGUUUACCUUGCUAUUAAAGAAUUAUCCUCAAUUUCUGAUGAUGUCUUGAUGGUUACUUCUUCAAUUAUGAAGGAUGUUCAAAAUGGUGAUAUCAUAUAUAAACCAAAUGCCAUUAGAACAUUAGCUAGAGUCUUGGAUGGAUCUACUGUUCAUGCUACUGAAAGAUUGAUGAAGACUGCCAUUGUUGAUAAACAUCCUUCAGUUUCUUCAGCUGCUUUAGUUUCUUCAUAUCAUUUAUUACCAGUUGCUAAAGAUGUUGUUAAAAGAUGGACCAAUGAAACUCAGGAAGCUGUUUUAGCCUUAAAAUCAUUCCCUUCCACCAAUGAAGUAUUUGUUACUGAUUCAUUAAUCACUCAAUAUCAUGCAUUAGGUUUAUUAUACACUUUAAGAAAUCAUGAUAAAAUGGCAUUGAGAAAAAUCAUUCAACAAUUUUCCAAGAAUUUAAGAAAUCCAUUGGCUAUUUGUCAAUUGAUUCGUUAUGUUCAUGAGAUCUUAACAAAUGAUCCAUCAUUAAUCCCAACUUUAUUCCCAUUAUUGCAAGAUUGGUUAAAUGAUAGACAUCAUUCUGUUAAUUUAGAAGCUAUCAAAGCUGUUGUUUCAUUACCUGUCACCAAUGAACAAUUUGCCUCAGCAGUGUUGAGAUUACAAUUCCUUUUAACUGCUCCAAAAGUUGUUUCAAGAUUUGCAGCUGUUAGAAUUUUGAAUAGAUUAUCUUUGAAGAGUCCUGAAAAAAUUGUUGCUGUUAAUAAUGAAUUGGAAAGUUUAAUUAAUGAUCCAAAUAGAUCAAUUGCAACUUAUGCAAUCACUACAUUGUUGAAAACAGGUACCUCUGAUAACAUUGAAAGAUUAAUCAAGACAAUUUCUAAAUUUAUCAAUGAUAUCUCGGAUGAAUUUAAAAUCAUUAUUAUUGAUGCUAUAAAGACAUUAUCACUAAAAUUCCCACAAAAUUAUAAAUCAAUGCUUUUAUUCCUUGUUGAUAUCUUGAAAGAUGAUGGUGGAUUUGAAUUCAAAAAUUCUAUUGUUGAAGCAUUAUUUGAUAUGAUUUAUUUCGUUCCUGAAUCUCGUGAUUUAGCAUUAGAAAACUUGUGUGAAUUCAUUGAAGAUUGUGAAUUUACUGAACUAAGUGUAAGAAUAUUGAACUUGUUAGGUAAUGAAGGUCCAAAAACUACAAAUCCAACAUUAUACAUUAGACAUAUUUAUAAUAGAGUUGUUUUAGAAAACUCUAUCAUUAGAUCAGCUGCUGUUAUUGCAUUAUCAAAAUUUGCAUUGAUUGAUCCAACUAUUAAUAAAUCAAUCAAGAUUUUAUUGAAAAGAAUUGUUAAUGAUGUUGAUGAUGAAGUUAGAGAUCGUGCCACUAUUUCAUUGAAAUUUUUGGAAAGUCUUGAAAAAGAUGAAGAAUCAAAGAAAGAUAUUGUUGAAUUGACUAAACCAUCUUAUACUUAUGAUUUAUCAAUUUUGGAAAGUAAAUUACAAACUUAUAUUUCUGGAGAUCAAGCCAAUUUCGUUACACCUUUCAAUAUUGAAUUAGUUCCAAAGAUUUCUGAGGAUGAAUUAAGAGCUAUACAAUUAAGAAACAAAACAAGUAAAGUCGAGGAAGAAAUCAGAUCAAGAGAUCAAAUCAAAGCUUCAGUUGAUGAAACUGCUCAUAGAACACAUUUGGAAGAAAGUCAAAAUGCAGAUUUAUCCAAACAACAAUAUAUUCAAGAAUUGGGAUCAAUUACGGAAUUCCAAGAUUAUGGUGCUGUUUUACAUUCAUCAUCAAUUAUUCCAUUAACUGAAAAGGAAACUGAAUUUGUAAUUGAAUCAAUCAAACAUGUCUUUAAAGAUCAUAUUGUUAUUCAAUAUAACGUUGAAAACACCUUAGAUGAUUCAUUAUUAGAGAUGGUUUCAGUUAUUGCCCAACCGGAAUCUGAUGAACUAGUUGAAGAAUUUAUCUUAUCAAUUGAUAAAUUACCACCACAUGGUAAAGGUACCGUUUACGUUUCAUUCACAAGACCAGAAACUUCAACAAUCAUUACAACUCCAUUCACAAACACUUUAUCCUUCACUUCUAAAGAAUGUGAUGCACAAACAUUUGAACCAUUUGAUGAUGUUGGAUUUGAAGAUGAAUAUCAAAUUGAAGAUUUAGAUUUAACUCCUGGUGAUUUUAUCAUUCCUUCAUAUAUCGGUAAUUUCAACUUGGCCUUUGAUGAAUUAACCUCAGAAGCUAUUGGUACUUUCAACUUGUCUUCUAAUUCAAUUCAAGAAACUGUUGAUCAUUUGAUUGAUGUUCUUUCAUUGCAUCCUGUUGAAGGUAAGCAAGUUGCCAACGAAAGUUCUCAUACUUUGAAAUUGUUUGGUAAAACUAUAAAGGGUGAUAGAAUUGGUGCUUUAAUUAAGUUUGUCAAGAGUGCUAAGAGUGGUGUUACUUUGAAAGCUUUGAUUAAAGCUGAUGAUGAAGAAAUUGCAGAAACCGUCUUGAAUGGUAUUAAUUGA